CAUGCGCACAUCUCUGGGGCAGACGAAUUAGUCGCCAUCCCAGUACGGUUGGAAGGUUUCCUAGUAGCUUGGUGGGGUGAGGAAAGCGGGUGGACGCCUUGAAGAAAAGGGUGGAACCGUGGGUACAGGAACAGGUAUCCCUCACCUUAUCUAUAUUUCGGGGUGCCGGUGCCGGUGGAUUCGAUCCAGUCUAAAGAAGACAUCGGGGCCCGUUUGAAUCCGGCGGCUGCUCGGUACGUUACCCUGAUUUGAAACAAAAGGGAGCGAAGUUGUAGCGACAGUGAUAUCGGAAUCUGUCGCUGAAGGCGCCAGGCAGCCGUUCCGUUUAACGCCGGCAUGAUGGUUCGCUCAAGGUCAAGAUCCCCAAGAUGGAAGCACAGGUUAAUCUCGCCAGACUGUGGACGAAGCCAAGAAUACAAUGUUGUGAGACCAUUUUAUCCGUCGCAUAAUAGUGAGUCAAGAGGAUUCAAUCAAAGCUCAGGAAGACCUACACAGUGGAGGGGACAACAGGAAAAAUGGAAUGAAACAGGCACUGCAGAAUCAAGAUCCGAAGUUGCACAAUAUGGUAACAUUCAUUAUAAAGUUUUUGAGUAUAGACAACCUUCGCCGAUUGCAAGAAGAAUGGAAUCUGAUCAUGCGUUAGGGAGAAACAUUUACCCAGAGGAGAGAGAAGAAAGUCGAUCUCAUGCCCUUCUUUCGAGAUCUGCUGAAGAAAAUCCAUACCAUGAUCAUGAUGAGCGUCAUGAGAGCAGUGGCUGGCACCAUGAAUGGCAUCAUGGUCACAGUGAUCGUCACCAUGGCCACAGUGAACGUCACCAUGAUCGUGAUGUAUGGCGUAAUGACCACGACGACCAGCAUUAUAAUCAGAGUGCAGAAAUCUUGACUCGUUACAAGUUGUCUGAUGAAAAGUCAAAGACUGUUAGAGGUGAUUCACAAUCCAACUGUUAUGAUCGACCUAGUACCACCACUUAUGCCGGUGCAGAAAAGUGGCGUGACCCUGAAGGCUUCAGAAGUCACAGUUUACACGAGGAAAGGCACUCAAGUUCUUUACGGUCUCCUGGAAGACGGUCUGAAGAGUUUCUGGAAAGGAGCACCUACCAGAAGAGGUAUCCUGAGGAUAAUGAUGUCAAAGGGUACAGAGAAGCAUCUGGAAGAGGCUGGGUGCCAGGAAAGCUUGAGGCAGUAGAUCAUGAACGAGAAUUAAAAUGGAGAGGAGAGAAAAUGCCUCAUAAUAAAAAACCCUACACUUCUGCAUUAUACAAUGACUCUGAAAAUGCACGUAUUAAAGAUGUGUCAAGAAACUGGUAUAGUGACAGUGAUCGCUUUGAAGAGUUAGUGCAAGUAAAGAGUGGGUUUGCACAUUCACAGAAGUAUCCUGAAACGCACUCAUCUUCUGAGCACCACCAGAGCUUUUCCAGUGAAAGACAGCAAAGAUACUCAAGUAAAGAUAAAGAAUAUACGACUGGCUCCUUGAGUACUAAAGAGGUGAGUCGUUUUCACAGUAACAGCAGGAGGUCGGGUACUGAUGCAAACAAAGCAGAGAGUCACUACUCUGCGACAAGCAAGUAUGUUGUUCCUGAGCAUUACUCCGACAGGUUUCCACGUGCAGGCAAGAAAGAAGUGAGCCCUCGAUAUACAACAACCUCGGCCACCAGGGAGCGAGUGGAAAGGAGAAAAGAGUUCAGAAACCGUUCUAAGGACCGGCGUGAUGAUACUCGUACUACUAAGCGAUCAAACCAUGGGUCUUAUCACAUGGAAGCUUCACAUUGUGUUGCUAAUAAUGAGAAAGACCAUACAACUGAAUCCUUGACCAUCAAGUUAGACAUGAAGAAGACUGUGAACAAGUACAGGCCUGCAUCAAGCCAUUCUUCAGAGAGACUAAUGUCUCGGGAUUUGGUUAGUGUUGGCAAGAAACGAGAUGAGUUUCAUCAUGUGUUUGAGCAUAUGGGUUCAUCAUUGAAGGCUAACCCGAAUAUCUCUUCAGGAGAAUUUGCGCAGGAGAUAAUCACUUUGGUGCACCAAAUUAAAGAAGAUCAUUUUAAGUCUUCUGAGAUAACUUUACAUGAUCGCUUUUCAAAGUUACAAAAUGCACAAAGUCCACAAAAAGAGGGGAGACAUCUUGGUCCCAAGAUUCACAGACGGAUUGACAUGUCAUUGGCAGACUUGCACAACCAAGAACGGAAACCUAUUGGGAGAAAGACAAGCACAUGGGUUGCAGUAAAUCCAGAUGAUCUUCGCCAUGACAUUGAGAGGAGGAGAAAGGAAAAGUUGCGUGGCAAGUAUGAGGAAUCCUUUCAAAAUGUGGAGCACAAGUUGCUGUCUCACAGAUCUGCAAGGAGUGAAAAAUCUCACUCCUCCACUCGAGUGAAAACAUCAAGAAAGCCGACAGCUGAGUUUGUGGAACAUCGAAUGAGAGUAACAAGAAAGCCUACUGCGGAAUAUACAUCUGGGCGAAAGAAGUUUUACAAUAUUGAGUCGAAGUAUCGACGUCUAUAUGGUGUUGGUUUUGGACGUACUAAUCCAAGGGUAUUCACCAAACACUUCAAAGAAGGGAUACUGAGAAAAAGAAGAUACGAAAGAGAAUUACCCAGCAGUACCACGGACAAGUAAUUGACCAGGAAGUGGAGGAGUUCGGUUUUAUUUAUGAAGAAAAUCUCCAGAGGCUGAAUAAAUCCUGAUGCUCCGAGCAGCUUGCUGUGAAUCCUGUUUGUUCAUCUUAUUUCACAGUAGUUAGUGGAACUUACAACACUUAAAGUACACUGAGUAAUCUGGACAUUAGUGAAAAUAGUUUAAUAGUAUGAGUUGAUGUAUUCUAAUUAUUUCGCCCCCCCCCCCCCCACUGCUGCAGAUUUAGUUGGUGUGAGCCACACAUUGUCUAAAAUCAGUAAAUAUUGCGAUGAAAUAUCAAUUUACUCAAAUAUAAUCAAGAGUUGAAAAUAGCUACAUUUUGUUUGGAGUGCUAGGGUUGAUCGACAACUAAUCAAUAAUUGGUAUGUAGAGUUGUUGUGGGUCAUAGUUGAAAAUUAAAUGUGGAUCUUUGUGUACUUUCCACUUGGCUACAGUGGACUGAACAUAAAAAAUGCUUGUUGAUUAUUGAUGUAGUUGUCUGAAUAAAAGUUUUUUUUAUAUCAGUC